AUGUCGCAAAGGAAACUUCAACAAGACAUAGAAAAGCUGCUGAAAAAGGUGAAAGAAGGACUUCAAGACUUCGAAGAUGUGUACGAUAAGUUUCAGAGCACCGAUGCUUCCAACACGUCGUACCGCGAGAAACUGGAAAGUGACCUCAAGCGAGAGAUCAAAAAGCUGCAAAAACACAGAGACCAGAUAAAAACUUGGCUCAGUAAGGAAGAUGUCAAGGAUAAGCAGCAGGUACUUAUGGAAAAUCGUCGUCUGAUAGAGUCAGGCAUGGAACGUUUUAAGUCUGUUGAGAAGAUGAUGAAAACAAAGCAGUUUUCAACAGAGGCUCUCACGAAUCCAGACAUUAUUAAAGACCCUCGCGAGCUCAAGAAACGCGAUCAAUUUCUGUUUGUGCAGGAUUGCCUCGAAGAACUUCAGAAACAGUUGGAGUCAUACGAAGCCCAAGAUAACGAGGAGCAGUGCGAAAGGCACGCUUUCCACAUCGCGAACUUGGAGAACAUUUUGAAGCAGCUCCAAAAUAAUGAACUGGAACCAGACACAGUGGAAGAGUACCAAGAAGAUAUUCAGUAUUAUGUUGAAAACAACGACGAUCCAGACUUCAUCGAGUACGAUACCAUCUACGAAGACAUGGACUGUGAGAUACAGCCUGGCGAAGAGGCAAAAGACUUAGAACCAUCUUCUAAGCCUGUGAAAGCAAGUAAAGCCGAGCGGUCUCCCAGAAAAAAAGGAUCGUCGGGCGCCGCGCUACCUCCAUCUGCAUCUAACUCUCUGACAGACAACCAGAACUCACCUAGUGCUGUUGCAUCGCCGUCGACAUCUAGUACAGGCCUAGCUUCGCUCCCAGCAAAAAGGGACACGCCUCCCCAAUCUCAGGCUCCAGGCCAAUCCCAGGGCCAGAACUCUAACGAGGAACAGCAUCCAGAUCACAAUUCCGACUUAACUCCGCAGCAGAACUCAAGCCUAGAUCAAGACCAAAACAGAUCCCAAAACCAAAACCAACAACAGCAAAACGUAAACCAAACCCAACCACAAACUGAGGCGCAACCACCGAGAGACAUGUCUAAGCAGAUUGAUGAGAUGCUGGCGCAGGACCGUAGUCAAAACUCGGCAUUUCAAAACCCUCUUUUCCAUCCUGGCUUGGACUACUGGCUCGAGAGCAAACGCACUCUGCUUCAACCAUACGAAACUAUGCCUGCUGAAAUGGCCUCGCAGCUCGAAUCUUCACUGCUGAAUUGUCCAGACUCGCUAGAUGCCGACACCCCGCACCUGUAUCAUAAUGUGCUCUCACUACCCCAUCCUACGUCGAUAUUUUUCCCUAACGAACCGAUCAGACUGGUUUCAAAUGAACCUGUUGAUCCCACAAAGACUCACCCGAAGCAUAAUGACAUCUAUUCAAGAACUUCUCUUGCACGCAUAAUGUCCAAGUUCGAUCUUGACACUCUCUUUUUCAUCUUUUACCACUAUCAGGGAACCUAUGAACAGUUCCUAUCGGCCAGAGAACUGAGUAUUCGCGGUUGGCAGUUCAAUAAAGUGAACCGCUGCUGGUUUUACAAAGAAGUUGAAAAACUCCCUCCCGGAAUGGAGCAAUCUGAAGAGAUCUCUUGGAGAUAUUUUGACUACCAAAAAUCCUGGCUCGCUAGACGGUGUGGAGCGGAGUUUGUGUAUCGUGAGGAAGAGUUUGAGAGAAUAUAG